CGGUCUCAACGACAACUUCCGCUUUGCCGGAAGUGACGAUAAAGUAAACAGAUGAGCUGUCAGUGGAUCCUGAAAUUAAGAUAAUUGCUUAUAAAGGACAUUUGUAUGAGGAACUACUGCAUUUUUAAUAAAGGUUUUACAGGAAUAGGAGUCCUCCAAUGUUCACAGACAUGGACUAUGACCUAGAGGAGGACAAACUAGGGAUACCAACAGUACCUGGUACUGUGUGUCUCAAGAAAGAUGGUAAUAAUCUUAUUGGGAUCAGCAUUGGUGGUGGAGCACAGUACUGUCCUUGUCUCUACAUUGUCCAGGUGUUUGAUAACACCCCAGCAGCUCUGGAUGGGACUCUGGCAGCAGGCGAUGAAAUCACAGGCGUGAAUGGGAAACCAGUGAAGGGAAAGACCAAAGUGGAAGUGGCCAAAAUGAUUCAAGCUGUUCAGGGAGAAGCAACAAUCCAUUACAACAAACUGCAGGCAGAUCCAAAACAGGGGAAGUCUCUUGAUAUAGUGCUAAAAAAAGUCAAACACCGCCUGGUAGAGAAUAUGAGCUCAGGCACAGCAGAUGCUCUGGGACUCAGUAGAGCUAUUCUAUGCAAUGAUGGGCUGGUCAAAAGAUUGGAAGAGCUGGAGAAAACAGCAGAGCUCUACAAAGGACUGAUGGAGCACACAAAGAGACUGCUCCGAGCCUUUUUUGAGCUCUCCCAGACUCACAGAGCGUUUGGGGAUGUUUUUUCUGUCAUCGGGGUACGAGAGCCCCAGGCUGCUGCCAGUGAGGCUUUUGUGAAGUUUGCUGAUGCUCACCGCAGCAUUGAGAAAUAUGGUAUUCAGCUGCUAAAGACCGUCAAACCUAUGCUUCACGAUCUGAACACGUACCUUCACAAGGCCAUACCAGAUACAAAACUCACCAUCCGCAAGUACCUGGACGUGAAGUUUGAAUACCUGUCAUACUGCCUCAAGGUGAAGGAAAUGGAUGAUGAAGAAUACAGCAGUAUUGCCAUGGGAGAGCCUCUGUAUCGUGUCAGCACCGGGAACUACGAGUACCGUUUGGUGCUGCGGUGUCGGCAGGAGGCUCGCGCCCGCUUCGCCAAAAUGAGGAAGGACGUUCUGGAGAAGAUAGAGCUGCUGGAUCAGAAACACGUCCAGGACAUUGUGUUCCAGCUGCAGCGCUUUGUCUCAGGCAUGUCCCAUUACUAUGACGAGUGCUACGCUGUCCUGAAGGAGGCAGAUGUUUUCCCCAUUGAAGUGGACCUGUCCCGCACCAUGAUCAACUACAGCAGCCAGUCGCUCUCCUCCUACGCUGGAGAUGAGGAGGAGGAGGAGGGAGGCGGUGGAGAGGAAGGAGGAAGCAGCGCAGACAGACAAGCAGAGAACGGCUCUGAGAAGCUGAUCGAUGAUGAGUGAGAGUGACUGUGUGUGUGUGUGUGUGUGUGUGUGUGUGUGUGUGUGUGUCUGUUGUGGAAAUGAAGUCCUCUCCUCUACACAUUGUAGUGCUACUGAAAGGGAUAUCACUAUUGUCACAAGGGUAAAAAAAAAAAAAAAAAAAAAAAAAACUACUGAAACUGCUGCUACCAUGCUGUAUCUGUAUGUCGGUGUGGUGUUUCCAUCCUGGGAUACUGUAAAAUCAAUAACUUUGUUAGUAUUUUAACAUAGCAAAUUUUGACCGUCAAAUUUCUUACUGCUUUUUGAUGUGAAUGACUGUGAGGGAGACGCAACAUUUAUUUUAAUCUGAAUGUUAUGGAGGGGUUUAAUAUGCAUACGUGGUGUGCCUUCUUCGCUCUUAAUGAAGUAUAAUGGUUCUAAGGCUGUGUGUCAGUGUGCUUAAUGUGGAUUGUUUAAGUUAUAAUUUCAUUUUAAUUUUGUUAUUUUCUUGGAACAAACUCAUAUUUCUAACGGAUCUAUUUAGCUACCCUAAAUGUUAUUUUGUGACAAAUGGAAAAUGUCAUGAGAGAGGCAGUUUCUCUUCCUCUUAACAAACCACUGGUAAAUGUCGCUAAUGCACAAAUAUAGGAAAUGUAAAGUGAAGGUGUUGCUGAAGAAAAUGACAUGACUCUGACAUGAUUUUUUUUUUUUCAACAUGUGGGUGUUACACUCUUUUGUCCUCUGUUUAUUCCUGUUUUCAUCACAUUUUUAGUUGUUACACAAGGAAAUUUUUUAAGGUAAUUUCAUCUGUUUCACCCACUCAUACGGUGCAAUUGAAGAUAAAACUUCAGACCCUCACCACUAUUGCUCACUUCCCCUCAACACCAUGAGUUUGCCUUUCACACUGUAGUGGUGUUUUUGUCUAUGAGAAGAAAGCUAAUGGACUAACACAGCCUUAGAUAUAUGGAAACAGAUAAGAAAUACAAACACAGCAUGUAAAUAAAUAUGUAUAAAGGGAAAAGGUGUUAAAAACUGUAAAACUGUAACCUUUCUUAUCAUUCCCACUUUAUUUAUUCUUUUUUGUGAGAAUAUCUAAAAGUUUAAUGAGCAAGAUUGAUCCUAUAUUCUAGUGAAUGUGAUUACUCUCUUGUGUGACUUUUUGUUGUCUUCGGGGCAUUUAAGAUGAUUUUGUGGAUUUUUAUGAUUUGCUGUUGGGAACAUUCACUUGGGGGCAGCGUUACAUCAGAUUAUACUGUUCUGCAGUCAGCAAUGAAUGAAUUAUAAAAAG